AUGUAUCUAUUCGGGGUCGAAACCCUCAUUAUUGAUCAUCUUGGGAGGAUCGAGUGGAAUUUACGGAACCAUGGACCAUACCAUCGCUCCGGGGGUCUUGUUACCAUCACCGAUCAGUUCGGACGGGCAUGGCGCACGAAGCCCUCAGAGAAACCAUUCCCUUAUCCGUCGCGAAAUCAAUCUGUUGUGUUAUCAUCCCCGGUGGAAUCUCGAAUCGUUAAAAAGCUAUGCCGGCGAAUCAAUAAAAGGCUUGCGCGCUUCUUUGCAGUGCUGUUCUCUACUGCAUCUUAUCUAGGACCGAUGCUUCGUCUCGCUUCGGCGGUCUAG